AUAGUAACAAAAGACCCGACGUGUGAAGAAAAAGGACGGAGUUUUGUGGAUCCAUCCAGCGAAAGUAAAACAAGGAGGCAAACUAUGUGCACACAUAACAUGGAAGCUCAUUGACAUGUUGUAUUUCAUCUACUUGUGAAUAAAACAAAAUCACAAUGUCGCACGGGUUUUAUCAACGUCAAUGGGGUCAAGCUCAAGAGAGUCUCACCGACCUCCUCACCCAAGAGAUUCCUACAGAACCCGUUAAGCCAGAAAAGGAUCGACUGACAGCCUUCCAGAACAUCGCCACCCUCUACAUCAAGUAUCUACAGAUCUUUCGUCGUUUGGAGCGGUGCUAUGAUCAGGUCGUUCAUCCGCAGAAGAGACGGGUUCUCCACCAUGUCUUGGACGGGGUCAUGGGCCGAGUUUUGGAACUUAAGAACGAGAUGGUCCUGCUGGAGUUUUCAGAAUUUCAUUAUUUUGAUGAUAUUUUGUCUGACCUCAAACUGACACCUAAUGACAUUGAAGUACCCAUACCAAAGUACUUCAUUAAUGAACGAGCUAAGAUCCUCCAGGAGCGUGAGAAGCUUCUCGGGCAGAUCUUGGCUAAGAUGGGUCCUCCUGAUGAGAAGACAGAAGAGGUUACCAUGACAACUGAUGAAGCAGCGAGACUCAUCCAGGUGCAUGAGAGGGCACGGCAAGGUCGACUGAGGGCAAAGUUCAUGCGUGAAAUUCGUCUUCAGGAAGAGCGAGAAAGAAUGGCUGCAAAUCGCGGGGCACCAACUGUCGAUGCUGAUGUGGCAGCUGUUAGAAUACAGAAGGUUUGGAAAGGCUGUGCCAUAAGGAAGAGAGUGCGACGUGAACGAGAGGAAGAAUUGAUGUUUAUAGGAAUGAACCCCCCACCACCUCCAAGCAAUCCUAAAUUGGCACCGACCGUCCUCGCAGACCGCACUGAGGGCAAUCGUAGGGUGACACAGACCGAGCAUGAGCGUGAGUUUCAACAGGCAUUGGUCACCAUUAAAGACAAGCUUAGAGAAGUCGAGGGACCAGACAUGAAGGAGAAUAUGCAAGACCAGAUCCGCCAGUGGUUCUUAGAAUGCAGAGAUGCAACAGGCAAGUUCCCAGACUACCCGGCUGAGGAUGAAGGUGGCUCAGCAGCCAUCUUUAAGGAGAAAGACCCAGCUGAGGUUGAGGCUGAAUUGAGAGACAAAGAAGAUGACAAAGGUAAAGGAAAGAAAGGAAAGAAAGAUAAGAAAGACAAGAAAAAGGACAAGAAGAAAGACAAGAAAGGGAAGAAAGGAAAGAAGGGUAAAGGAGGAGAUGAUGAGGAAGAAGAAGAGGGAUUCAAGCUACAACCAUCCAACUUUCUUGGCACCGUCACAGAUUCAACCAAGGAUUACGACACUGUUUGGAAGGAGCGUAAUGAGGAGCAUAACUUCAGUCAGAAGCACGACUCAGAGUUAAUCAAAGAAGAGAAGAGAGUGGAGGUAGAGGUAGAGAUAAGGACUCAAGUGGAUGAGCUGAUGAGACAGGAACUCAAGAAUCUUAAACUGGCUGUUGACAGGGACAAGGGUAAAGGCAAGAAGGGGAAAAAGGGCAAGAAAAGUGGCAAGAAGAGCGGAAAGAAAAAGAAGAAGAAGAAGAGUGGAAAAAAGAGCGGGAAGAAGGGAAAGAAAGGCAAGAAAGAGAAGGAUCUCACUCCGGACAGGACAAUGGAAUCUCUAUAUGAGGAGCUGGUUCAUGAAGGAAUCAUUGUACGUACUCCAAAGUUUGGUAUGAAGGAUUACCUGGGUGAAUUCAGCUACCUGGGUACAACGCUACGACAGAACAACAUCGAGCCAAUGCCCUCACUGUCAGAUGUCAGACAUCUUGUCACGCUUUAUGGAAUCCUACCUUUAGGUUCCCAAGCUGUCCACGAGAAAGCACCCCUUAUCAAGUCAAUGCUUCUAGCAGGUCCCCGUGGCACCGGUAAACGCAGCUUGAUCAAUGCCAUCUGCACCGAGACGGGAGCCAACUUGUUUGACCUGACUGCAGCAAACAUCGCAGGGAAGUACCCAGGGAAGAGCGGCCUACAGAUGUUGAUGCACAUGGUGAUGAAGGUGGGCAGAAACUUACAACCAUCGGUGGUAUUCAUUGGAGAUGCCGAGAGGACAUGGCUGAAGAAGGUUCCGAAGACAGAUAAGACUGAUCCUAAGAGACUCAAGAAGGAGAUCCCCAAGAUGUUGAAGCUGAUGAAACCAGAAGAUCGUGUGUUGUUUGUGGGGACGUCCAGGUCGCCCUAUGAGUGUGAGAUGAAGGGACUGACCGGUGCCUUCCAGAAAGUCAUCCUCAUCCCGAGACCAGACUAUGCAUCAAGAUAUUUGUUAUGGCGCAAUCUGAUCAUCCAGAACAGCGGCAUACUGACCAAUGUAAUGGACAUCAGCUCUCUGGCCAAGGUGACCGAUGGCUACACCCAGAAGCACAUCUUAACAUCAUGCCAGCAAGUCUUGACCGAUCGCCGCAUUGCUCAGCUCAACAAGAGGGCGCUGACGGCAGCCGAGUUUAUCCCUCCAUUGGCUCGGAUUGAUCCAAUUUAUAAAGAAGAGGAAGAGGCCUUCAAGACUUGGUAUGGUAAGACGCCCCUCGGUAAGAAGAGAGCCAAGGCAGCCGAAGGAGGAGAUGAAGAUGAUGGAAAGGGCAAGAAAGGAAAAGGCAAAAAGGGAAAGAAAGGAAAGAAAGGAAAGAAAAAGAAGUGAGACAAAACUGUAUCCGUUGAUAUCCCGUGGAAGUUUUUGUUUGUACAUAUCAAGGAAAACUUAUGGACGGGGGUCUGGGUUUUUUAAUUGUUUAUUUCAAACAGGACAAAUUUUCUUUAAAACAUGUUUCGGCCUUACUUUUUUUACUUGGUGCUUAAUUUUGAUGUUCAUUAGUGCCUAAAGAUAUUUUCAACUUGUUAAAAAAAAUUAAAAUAAUUUUAUAUGAAAAACAUUACCGUCCAUUCAGUGCCUGAAACAGUUAUUCCAUCAAUUUUGUUAUUUAACGAUUAUUUAGUGUUUGUAAGGUUCUUGUUUUGGGAAUUCUUUUUGGUAGAAACCAGAGAUAAUUCGCAAAAACACUAAAAGUAAAAAAAAAAAUAUGUAAAUGAAUGUGUUGAAGUGAACAGUGCCUUUUAUUUGUCAAGUAUAGUUUUCAAUAAUACUACAAUACUGCAUUUAUAGCUAUUUAGGCCGAAAUACAGAAUUUAUCUUCAGAGAGUAUCUUUAGAAAAGCUAUACUCUUGGUUAAACGCUCACUAGGAAAGAAUGUACCUAUCUUAAUGAGUCUGUAUAAAAACUUGGAACUUGGUAAGAGAAUUGAAACGAUUUGGGGAUUUCAAAGAAACCUGAUUGAUUUCUUAGGACUAAAAUCUUACAUCUUUAGUGUUAACAAGAUAUUAAAAUAUGUAUAUAAACGUG